AGAGGCUGCUGCGAUCACCACACAGCACACUUACUUUUUGUUACCAGGGAGCAGCUAGCAACAGCUUCUGUAAGGAGAUGAAAGAGUCUUUUACCUACGGCACAUUGAUUCCAGUGUUUCCUGAAGCUCACUUCUCUUGGACAGAAUUUUUGUGCAGUGACAUUGACCCAACAAGCAAUGAUUUGUCACCAGGUGUUCCCCCUCUUUGGACGUCAGUGCCCCCAGAACACUGGACAAGGAAUCAUGUUUGCGACUGGCUUCAGUAUUGCUGUGACAGCUAUAAACUGGAUGCCACUUGCAUUCCCUUCUCCUGCUUCGAUGUGUCAGGUUUGCAGCUGUGUACGAUGACUAAAGAGGACUUCACAAAUGCAGCAGGAGUGUGUGGUCAGCACCUCUAUAGCCUUCUGCAGGAUAUUCGAACACAUGGAGUCUCCAUUCUUGGAACCACAGAAGAGAAGGAAUCCAUCAGCACAUACAAUGAUGAAAAACAAGUUGUGAAAACACCUUCAGUGAGAAGACACAAAUCUCCCCCCAGGAGCCGGUCAGGUGCACAAAGCUCCCACCUGUGGGAAUUCCUCCGGGAUCUUCUCCUCUCCCCAGAAGACAACGAAGGGAUUCUGGACUGGGAAGACCAUGACAAGGGCAUCUUCAGGGUGGUUAAUUCUGAGGCUCUGGCACGGAUAUGGGGUCAAAGAAAAAGGAAUGAUCGGAUGAACUACGAGAAACUCAGCAGAGCUCUGAGGCAUUACUACAAGACUGGUAUCCUGGAGCGAGUGGACAGGAGGCUGAUGUACAAGUUUGGUAAAAACGCAUAUGGGUGGCGCUGAGUGACCCCGGGCAGCGUCUGCAGAGAAAAACCACAGGACACAUGCUGGACAUUUCCUGUGCAGAGGGGGGAUAGUGUAUAAGUGUAUAGGGGUGAGAGAGGGCUCUCCAGUUCCCAUGUUAUUUCAUGUGGGAGACACACAUACAGGGACAUGAAAUAUCAAAUUGUAAUAGAAUAUUUUUUAUUAUUCAGUAAUUUUAAGUAUUUAUUUUGGCCCUUUUCUGUAAUUAAAAUAACUUUGAAAAUCAA